CUGCUGCCCACCUCGAUGUCAUCAUUUAACCUGCCAUUUCCUCCAUCACCAUCCCCAGCCCCGGAGGUCAACGGUCUGCAGGAGCCCAGCCUAGCGAAGCGUCUGCGGGGAACUCCAGAGCGCAUCGAGCUGGAGAACUACCGGCUCUCCCUGCAGAGGGAGGAGGAGCUGGAGGAGGUGCCUGAGGAGACGCUGGCAGAACACAACCUCAGCAGCGUGCUGGACAAGGGCACGGACGCUGACGACCUGGGCUCCAGUAGCUCAGAGUCAGACAUGGAGGAGGAGGAGCAGGAGGAUGCGGAGGAGGGGGAGCAGCAUACUCUCAGCCCCUCAGACCUCGGCGGGGUUCCCUGGAAGGAGGCGGUGGAGCUCCACGCUAAACUGAGGGGUGAAGAGGGAGACGACGUGGGCGAGGCCCUCGAUGAUGCUGUCAGCAGAGACGGGGAAGUAGAUGAAGAUGACGAAGACGAAGAGGAGGAGGAGGAUGAUGAUGAAGAUGAGGAGGAGUCAAGCGAUGAGGGUGAUUACUGCCCCUGGGAUAAAGAGCUCACGUCUGGCCUUUGGCUGGAGAAGCACCUCACAGAGCAAGACGAUGUUGGUACAUUUAAAGCCAGGAGCAUACAGAUCCAACAAGUCCUGCAGCCUGUGGAUCCCACGGCCAUACCGGGCCUGGUGAGAACACACCUGGACUCUGAGGGAGACAAGGAGGCACAGCUGGCCUCCCAACUCUCCCGCUCCACAGAGCCCUGUGAGGAUGACGAUCUGGAGGCAGAAGCAGACAGUCCAGAUAUGGAGCCGGGGACCGAGAUGGAUCAGGAUGACAUCCCUUCAGAUGCAGAAGCUGAGGCUCGCUUGCAUCAGUCCGAACUCGUUGACGUGCUUCCUGAGGAGGACAAGAGAUCAGAAAGUCAGAGAAUGCCCUCCAGUAUCGAAGUUUUCAGCGCCAGCCCCACACAAAAUAAAGAUGUUGUUAUUUCGCCGCUCAAACCUUCUCCAGAGCUCGAAUCAAAGAUAAGUCAGUUGAAGUCUCCUGGCAGUCGCUUUUUCCCAGAUCCAUUCAUACCUGAGGAAAGGGAACCUGAAAGGACGACGCCAUCUUACUCUCCGACUGCACAGAGCCCACUGAGCUCUCCACCUGCUCCAGUCCAAGACCCUUCCUCUGUCCUUUCCCCAAUUGCUGCUGCUUCCCCUGUCGGUGUCCCGGCCUCCUCCCCCCUGGGUUCACUCAUCAAAUCACCCAUCAGCUCUCCGGUCAAGCCAACAAUGGAGUCCCCCAUUAGAUCCCCUGUUAAGUCACCUGUUGUGUCCCCAAUCUGCUCUCAGCCCACCCCCCUUCCAGAGACUUGCACACCUAAAUCUCCUGUCUACCCUCAGCGCUCAAUUUGCCCUCUAACUGGGAACCCCCUCUCCCCAAUCUGCGCUCAGCCUUUGCCCUGCCAGGAGCCUUCGUCACCCCUCCUAUCAGACUCUCCCGUCAGAUCUCAGCCUAUCCCCGGAGUCACUUCUACACCCAUGACCCAAACAGACAAGGUCAUGCCUGAUCUCUCAAAGUGCGAAGACUCCUCCACAGAGGAAACGCCAUCCAAAAAGACAGACAUCAUUGAGGAAUUUUGGCAAAAGAGUGCAGAGAUCAGGAAGAGCCUCGGGUUGACACCUUUGGACCGCACAAGUAAAAUCUUAGAGAAGAGUGUUGUGAUCUAUCCAGCACUGGACUCCACCCCUGUCAAGGCUCUGGAUGUGCCCGAGGAACAGAAGCCUGCCUUUACUGGCCGAGCUGUCAUUCGCAGGCUGAACAUCACUCUGGAGGGCCAAGUCAUUACCCCCAUUUCCCCCAAGAGUAUUGGCUCCGAUAAGAGGGACCUGAGCAGCAGCUCUGGCUUAGGCUUGAAUGGGAGCAUGGCCACGAGCCAGACAGCAAACAGUGACAGCUUCAACACGUCCGACUCCACCAUGCUCACCCCGCCCUCCAGCCCGCCACCACCUGUGCCUAGUAAUCAGUCUCCAGCCAUGCUCAGGCUGCAGAAACACCAGGUGUCCUGGUGCAACGGGACGGAGAAACAUCCCCCCGAGAAUGCCAAAGAGCCGGCCAAAAUCAAGAGUCCCGUUCCGGCGCCGAGGACACAAUUGAGCCCUGUGUCCGUGCCCAAACCUGCACCCAGGAAAGUCAUCUCGCCUCAGGCUGAAACGGCUCCAGUGGUCGUCAUGAGGGAGAAGAAGAAGAAGCCAUGGCCGCAGGAGGUGAGGAAGUCGUUUGUGGAGACGGUGGAGGAGAUUCCGUUUGCAGAUGACGUGGAGGACUCCUACGAUGAGCGGACGCCAGAAACGAGCAUGAACAGGUACUACACCCCCCCCACCAGCAAGCCAAACCGGGACAGACCUCCCCUGCAUCUGGCUCUAGCGAUGGAAAACGGUAAACCGAACAUCCCUGGAAAUGAAGCUUUUAAGUCACAGAGGGCAACUCAAUUCUCCCCGGAGGCUAAGGAGAUCGCUGAGGAGAGAAUGAAGGCCAGAGAGAAGUCGGUGAAGAGCCAGGCACUAAAAGACGCCAUGACCAAGCAGCUAAACAAGAUGAAAGAAUCUGACACAGACAAGGGGGCGGCACCUAAAGUGGCCUUGGGCGUAACCUCAGAGGGUAAAAAGUCAGCAGGAUCUCCGAAGACAUCAGCCGUGAAAGCUCUGGAGUCAAAGAAGGCCGAGACUUUACCGGAGCGUUUCUUCAGCAGCAACAAGAGUCUGGACAGCUCGGUGGCCUCGUCAGACGGCUCGAGCUCAGGCAAGAGCAAGAAGAGAAGUUCCCUCUUCUCACCACGCAAGAACAAGAAGGAGAAAAAGGCCAAGAACGACAGCAGCAGACUGCCCGGCACCGAUGAGACACCGCCCAAACACAAGUCGCUGUGGAAGGCCGUCUUCUCGGGGUACAAGAAGGACAAAAGGAAGAAGGAUGACAAAUCGUGUCCCAGCACACCGUCCUCAAGCUCCACCACUCAGGACUCUGGGAAGAAGAAAGCCUCACCUACUGGGAAAUCAUCAGACAUGAAAUCCCGCAGAAACCUGAGCUUCUCUGAGGACUCGGACCUUUCCUGUGAUGAUGUUCUGGAGCAGUCCUCGCAGAGAUCAAAGGCAGAUUCUUUAUAUGUCCCUCACGCACUGGCGUUCAAGAGAUCGUACGCCACAAAGAAAACCUACACAGAGGAAGAGCUGAAUGCCAAGCUGACCCGAAAGGUCCAGAAAGCUGCACGACGGCAAGCCAAGCAGGAAGAACUGAAGAGGCUGCACAGAGCUCAGAUCAUCCAGAGACAGUUGGAGCAGGUGGAGGAGAAGCAGAGGCAGCUGGAGGAGAGGGGUGUAGCUGUGGAGAAAGCUUUGAGAGGAGAAGCAGGAUUGUAUAAAGGUACUUAUACAUUACCCAAACAGCACAAAAGAAGAUCAGACUAUUGGGGAGAUUCUAAUUACAGUGAAAUCCUGGACUUGCAUCUGGGCGGCAUGGGCAAGAAGGACGACCCCAAGCUAAUGCAGGAGUGGUUCAAGCUGGUGCAGGAGAAAAACGCCCUGGUCCGCUAUGAGUCAGAACUUAUGAUAUUCGCCAGAGAGCUGGAGCUGGAGGACCGACAGAGCCGACUGCAGCAGGAGCUCAGGGAGCGCAUGGCUGUGGAAGACCACCUGAAGACGGAGAAGGAGCUGAAUCAAGAGAAGCAGAUCCUAAAUGAGAUGCUGGAGGUGGUGGAGCAGCGUGACGCCCUGGUGGCGCUCCUCGAUGAGCAGAGGCUGCGGGAGAAGGAGGAGGACAAGGACCUGGAGUCUGUUAUGCUCUCCAAAGGCUUCAAUCUCAACUGGGCUUAAGAGGAGAGAAAUAAUUGCUCAUCAAGUCCUGGGUAAAUGUCUGAGGCGGUCUCUGCCUCUCAUGGUCAUCUCUGAUCAGGAUACUCUGCUGAACACCUGCAGCAGUGAAUGUGUAAAGACUCCCCCGACACACGCUAAAACACUUCGGCUGCCUCUGACAUUGAAGCGGUCCGCGACGUUUACAUAUCCUAAGCCCAAAGGCAGUCCCACGUUAAUCACUUUGCAGUUUUGCUUGCUCUCUCUCUCUGAGGGGAGUACAUUCACAGCUUUAUCAUCCCAGCCUUCAAGUGGAUCCUCUCAACAAAAAAAAAGGGAGGCCUUUGGGAGAAUGUUUGAAAGACUUGUUUCAUUCUCGAUUAUCUAAAGGGAAGAAUGCAGUUUGGUCCUGCCGAUGUAAAGGAAUUGUAAAGAAUUGUUUUGUGUUGUGUAGAACAAGUCACAUAUUCAGCAGAUAAGGGUGCUUUCUUUUUUUCUGAAAAAGGACUGCUACAGAUGAGUGUUUAAGUGCUGGAGGGAAGUCACCGGGGUCAAUCUUCUUUUCAGUCUGACUGUAGGAUGGACAUCCUCUGCUGAAGCUGCCUUUCUAUCCAGUGACAAACUGACUUCUUAUGAACCAUAAAGACACCCCCCCCCCCCCCCCACAGUGUUCUCAUGAAUCAACACUAACAAUCCAUUGGCCAUGGGUUUUAUGUAUUUAUUAUCUUUGUUUGCUUUUAACACAUAAACCUUUUUGUUUUUGCAUUCACAGGAGAGUGCCCAGAAUCUCAUUAUCGAGCACUUGUGCAUGGCUCAGACUCUCCCAUAAGCCAUUGCAUGUCAGGAAUGAAGGCUGCAGGCACAUGGAGGAGCUAUUUGUUAAGCUAGAAAAACAGAAUUAUAUAUAAACACUUCAGCAUUUCACAAGAGUCAACAAUGAUGGGCCUCUCCUUGACAUGCCACUCACUGCAUAUCACGCUCACGGUUUACAAAUAUGUUUUCUCGCUUUGGUAAACAACAGUGAGGUAAAACAACUGUUGAAAUAAUUCAUCUUUGAAGGAUCUGUCUCUUCAAUUUCAGAUGUGUUUCCGACCUUGUGUGUUAUCCUAAAUGAAGCCGGUUUCACAGUUCUUAAUGGGAGAUCCACGUAGCUUACAAUACUCAUUUUGUGCCACAGGACUGUCUCUUUUGGUGGAUAUGCUGCAAUAUCUGAAGAGUACACCACGAGGACUUACACACCACUCACAUCAGUAAACAGCAGUGUUACUUUACUCUUGAACAAGAUGCCUUUUUCAUUUUUAUUCUCCUCACUUAAGUUAUAUUUUAUUUUUCUGAGUCAACGUUGUUGAGGUAGUCACAUAUGUGUAUCCCACUGGAACUCAAGACUUUUUAUUUCUCAAAUAAUUUCAUACAGCAGGUCCCCAAACAUACUAACUGAUUUUAAACAGGGGGGGAUGAAGAAGUGCAAAGUGCUUUAUGAGAAACUUGCAUUAAACAGAACCGUUAUGGUCCGUUAUAUCUAGUGGGCAGUCAAAUCUAAUAGCCUUCUUGACAACUGUAAACAAUCCAGAUGGUCACGGAAACGCCAGAGGCUAUAUUUAUGACUUGGUAAGAGCUGUGAAUAAAAAACAAAGUGAGAUCAUUUUAAGGGUUGUUGUUUUAGAUGGUGUGUGAUAAGUUUGACAUGAUUGUAUUGAUAUUUAUUAACAAGUGUGCAAACUGUAUUAUAUGUAAAGAAAAAUGAAUCCUAAUUUUUAAACUGUUCUGUUGACACAUGACUUGUAAUGUAAAUGCUUCAUGUAGCUAAAAUGCAUAGAGGUGUUGGAUGUAUGCUGAAACGGCAAUAAAACAAUGCAGUUGUUCUUUUAAA